GUUCCAUCGCGCGACACUGGGCAAUUGCAGCGAGUACACUGGCGACUACGGCUGCGCGGUGACACCGGCGCGUGUGCGAGAAUUCCAGAAGAGCGUCUUGGUAUGCUGGCAGACUGCCUGCAUGGCAGCGCGGCUCUUCGUGAUCAGAUCGACCUUUUGGCGAUAGAAACCAUUCCAUCGGCCGCCGAGGCCAGUGCAGUUGCCGAUGCACUCGAGGCCCUGCAUGGCCGCGGCACCAGGCUUCCGCCCGCGUGGAUAUCGUUCACAUCAAGCACCGCUGACCGCAUUGGGUGUGGCGACACAAUUGAAGACGCCGUCAAGGCCAUUUCCAAUUGCCCCCGUGUGUGUGCUAUCGCAUCAACUGCGUCCCACUGGGCGUUGUUGGCGGGCUGCUGGCUGGGAUCCAGCGCGCAACGCAAAAGCCAAUUGUCUGUUAUCCUAACGGCCAGCCGUGGUCGGACGCUAACGGCGGCUGGCACGCAGACGGCGGCCUGGUUUCAGCAGCUCAUUUUGCCUGCGAGGCGGCCGAGUGGGUCCGCUGUGGUGUGAGCAUUGUUGGCGGCUGCUGCAGAACCACGGCUGAGAACACCCGAGCGCUGGUCGAGCAGAUGCUGGAGUUGCGCCACGAGUGAAUGGCACAUGUGGCUGCAAUAAUAUUUGCGGAGAUGCACGCCUUUGUGGCCAAUGCGAUCGCGGCAUGCCGGCACCC